GGACUCUUCUACCUAAAGAGAGAGAAGGCAGAGAGAGUGGCCAGGAGGUAGCGGCAGCAACUACAACCGUGGUGUUAGCAGCAGCAGCAGCAGCAACAACAACAGCAUCAGGCUGUUCCUGGAGGAAAAGAAGCAACCUCUAAGCCAACUGCAUUGACAGCAGGGGAAGCAUCUUCCCCGGGCAUCGAGGGCUCUGCUCUCCUGCUGCAACCUCCAAAGCAUCAGUGGCACCCCUAUCGGUCACCACUCCGUGACCCACUUUGCUAGCCUCUGCUUGCUAUUCUGUGAUCCCCCUCCUCUCCUCAUCUCUCCUGCUUCUUCCCUUCUUCCGCUGCUGCAUCCAUCCCGUUUCUCGGAGAGCAGGGGUGUGGGUGCUCAGCGAGGUGUACCUACCCUCUCCACCAGCCCCCGGAAUUUACCCACCUCCCAGCUCGCUCUGGGAUUAUUCUGGGGGAGUGGAGUAGGAUUGUGAAGGAGGGAGGGGAGAGAGAGAGAGAGAGAGAGAGAGAGAGAGAGAGAGAGAGAGAGAGAGAGAGAGAGAGAGAGAGAGAGAGAGAGAGAGAGAGAAGGAGAGAAGGAGGGGGAGAUCAAGGGGAGGUGGGACAUGGAGAGCAAACGCUGCUUCACCAACCGCUUCGAUGACUACCAAGGCAGCCUGCUAGCUGGGCAGUGCAAGGAGGCGGUAGCGCCCUUGGUCACGGCCACCAUUGACCGCAUCCUGAGGGAGUUACCUCAGCUGGGGGGCCGAGGGGAAUCUAAGGGGGCGGCGGCCCGAGAGAGCUACUGCCAAGGGGGUCUGUACAGCGGGGUGGCCGGGGUGGCCUACAUGCUGUACCACGUCUCCCAGUGCCCUCUUUUCGCCCCGUCCCGGGAGAGCUAUCUACGUUCCGCCAAGCGGCUCAUCGACGCCUGCACCCGCGCGGAGGAGUGGGGAGAACCGGACGCGGACACCCGAGCUGCCUUCUUGCUUGGGGGCGCUGGGGUCUACGCUGUGGCAGCUUUAGUUUACCACGCCCUGGGCCGGCCUGACUAUGUGCAGCCGCUGGGCAAGUUCCAAGAGCUGUGCGCCAUCUGCGCCCCGGUUUCCUUCCUAGAGUGCGGCUCCGAUGAGCUGUUCGUCGGCCGAGCCGGCUACCUGUGCGCCGCCCUGGUGCUCAAGCAGAAACUCUCCCUGGAGAUAUUGACCCCAGCACAGAUCAAAUCAAUCUGCCAGGCAAUCCUGGAAUCAGGGAAGCAGUAUGCAGCGAAGAAGAGGAAACCAUUUCCCUUAAUGUAUUCUUAUUAUGGAACAGAAUACUUAGGUGCUGCUCAUGGUCUAUCUUCCAUUCUCCAGAUGCUUCUCUCUUACCACGAGCACCUCCAACCAGCUGAUCGGGAGUUGGUCUGGCAGAGUGUUGACUUCCUCAUGGAGCAGGAACAAAAUUGCAACUGGCCUCCUGAGCUAGGAGAAAUGAUUGAGAGGGAAAAUGAGCUGGUCCACUGGUGUCAUGGAGCUCCAGGAAUUGCCUACCUCUUUGCCAAAGCAUACUUGGUUUCCAAGAAACCUCAGUAUCUGGACACUUGUAUACGGUGUGGGGAGCUCACUUGGCGAAAGGGCCUGUUGAAGAAAGGACCUGGGAUCUGUCAUGGUGUGGCUGGGAGUGCCUACGUAUUUCUUCUGCUGUAUAGGCUGACUGGAAACUCCAAAUAUAUCUACAGAGCACAAAGGUUUGCUGAGUUCUUGUUUACAGAAGAGUUCAAAGCAGGUUCCAGGGUAUUGGAGAGCAUCUACAGUCUGUAUGAAGGCUUCUCUGGGACUGUGUGCUUCCUGAUUGACUUGCUGCAGCCCAGCCAGGCUGAAUUCCCCCUCUUCAGUGUCUUUGUUUAGAAGAUGACAAUCAUCAAUGCAGCCACGCAAAGGCAUCUGGGAUUUUCCUUUAGGGUACAAGGAAGGCAAUUUAUAAAUAAGCCAGACUUAGCGGUAUCACUACCACUAGCCUUAACAUUGCUGGGGUGGGGGGUGGGGACAGUAGGGGGAGGGAGAGAGGCUUGUUGGGAGUUCAAGUGAUGGCAAAUGAUACUAGAUUUGAGAGGGAAACAUGCAUCUUUUUUAAAAAUUACAUUUCUUAAAUGCUUAAAGGUUCUCUAUUUUAAGAAACAAACAAAUAUGAGACCAGAGGUGAGAAAAAGGGAAAGAAACAUGAAUUACUUUUCAGCUGGUAGCAUAAGAAAGCAUGAAAAUCUAAAAAAUAUGGAGGCCCUGGAGAUUGCAAAAAAUAAUUAAACAGUUGUAGGAGUUCCCCACCCUUAAAUCCAAGAACAAAGACAAUCAAAGACCUAUAGAGCUGAAAACUUUGAAAAGGGAUAAAGUUUUCUGAUAGAUGGAAAAACAAAAUCUUCUUGUUCUAAGUCUUAUGUUCUAUCCUUAUGGAAAUGUUAUUUUUACUGAACAAAUAUGUUUGCCCAAAGUCUACAUUUAUACCAUUGCCUUGGGCACUUUGAAGAACCAAUUUCACAAUUAAUUCUUAACCCAGAGACAUUACGUUCCCUACAACCUCAUAGGGCAGCCUUUCCUUGAUCCCUUUCUCAUUCAUUAAAAUAAAUAGAAAUGCACAUAAAAUGCUUUAGCCUAGCAAAUGUAGCAAGUGUCACUGUCAAGUAUUUUUCUGUUUUGAUGUGUUAACAGUAUUGUCUAGUAAUUGAAUUUUAAUUUGACAAACAUUUGUGAAGUUUCUACUCUGUGCAAGAUACCCUUCUAGAUGUUGAUAUAUAAAGAUAACAAAGAAAAACCUCAGUGUCUGCCCUUAGGGGUUCCUGGUCUGGUACAGGGGAUGAAAGUUGUGUAUCAUAACUGUAGUAGAAAAUAAACUAUGACUAAGUACAUUGUAUAAGAGAUCCAACAAGAAUAAGUGGGAGAUGAGAGGAGGCAGGGAUUAUUUCUAGCUCAGCAACAUCUGAGCUGAAUCUGAAAAGAGAAGGAUUUGGGAGGCAAUGAUGGGUAUCUCUUUCAGACACAGGGCAUAGGAAUAUUCUUUUAAAUCACGCGUUUAAGUAUGUAAUCAUGUUUUUGCAAGUAUUAAUUGAAUUUUAAAACUUAGCCAACCCCCACCCCAAUACUAGGGUGACCAACUACAAAGUCAUAUUUUUUUCAGCUUCUGUUAGAUUAUCUUUGGACCAGUAUCCUAGUCAGAGACCAAGAGGAACUUCAUAUAGCAAACUGGGUAAAACAUUACUCUCAGCACAAUGAAUACUUUAGGCUGUUUCUUUUGUCCCCCCAAGCAUUUAUUCAAAAGGUGAAUUGCUCCAGAAGUUUAGAGACAAGCUGUCAGAGAAAUGUAAACCCUGCUGUGAAUGGAUAGAAAUCUUAAAAGAGUUCUAGUACAGACUUUGUUGCAGAACACUGUAAGACAUUGUAGGAUUUUGAAUGGGCCCAGGUACUUUUUAAUUUAAUUUUUUAUAAUAAAAAUCCAUUUUUUCUCCUUCCCACCUUUAUCUCCCAUUGGGUGGGGAGAGGGAGGGUAAAGAAAAAAAAACUCUUCUUAUGUUUAGUCAGACAAACAAACUAAAAAAAUGUGAAUUGGCUGUGCCCAAUAAAUGUCUCAUUCUGCAACCUGAGCCCAUCACCUCUCCAUUGAGGGGAGCAGAGUGGUUGAUAUACUUCAUCAUGGGUCCCUUGGAAUUGUGGUUGAUCAUUGCAUCAAUCAGUCUUUAGAUCCUUCAAAGUUGCUUGUCUUUACAAUAUUGUUGUCAUUGUAUGAAUUGUUUUCCUUUUCCUACAUUGCUGUUGCUCCAUCAUUUCACUGGAGUCCAACUCCACUAUGACUUUGUGACUAAAGAGCUGGACACCACUGAAAUGACUGAACAACAGCUGCUAAAGAUUCUGGAGUGGUUUGCCAUUUCCUUUACCAGCUCAUUUUACAGAUGAGGAAACGGAGGCAAAAAAGGGUUAAGUGACUUGCCCAGAGUCACACAGCUACUGAGCAUCUGAGGGAUAUUUAAACUCAGAAAGAUGAGUCUUCCUGACACUAGGCCUGGCACUUUAUCCAUUGUGCCACCUUUUCUAUUUACCUGUGCACUUUUGUGAUAAUUAAUUUUUUUUAGUUAAAUAGUUCCAAGUUUAUUAAGUUGGUUCCAAAGCAGAAGAGGGGUAAGGGUUAAGCAACAGGGGUUAAAUGACUUGCCCAGGGUCACACAGCUAGGAAGUAUCUGAGGUCAGAUUUGAACCUGCCUGACUCAAUCCACUGAGCCACCCAGCUGCCCCCUGAUAUAAGUAUUGGUAUUUUCUUGAGUAACCUAGGUCAUGAUAAAAUACUACUUGGGAAGUAAUGAGUUACUAUUGGACUAAGAUAAUUGACUUUCUGCAGUAAGGUAGCAAGUAAGACCAGAAACAUCUAUAUUUUUAAAAUUCAAUACCAAUUAUAUGUAAUAAAUUUCCACAUAAGUUUUCCAAAGUUGUCUCCUUCCCUUCUCUCCCUCUUCCUUCCCAGAGCUGGCAAGUAAUUCAGUCUGAGUUAUGCACAUAUUAUCCUGGAAAACAUAUUUCUAUGUCAUUUAUUUUUUUAAGGGAAUAAUCAUAUAAAACUCCAAACCCAAAUAAAUAUGUGAAAAAUCAUCUGCUUUCAUCUGCAUUCUGACUCCAACAAUUCUUACAACCAGGGAGUUCUAAUUGAGAGAUUCAGCAUUAAGAGCUUAUGCCAGUCAAUAAAAUACUGACAUUGUGCAAAAGGAGUUUAUAAGGCAUAGCAUAUGAUUCAACCAUUGUACAUAGGUUGGCCUGAGCCUGGGACCAUAGAUAUAGCCCGGGAAAAGAAUUGUGAGAAGCCAAAUAGUCCAUCUCCCUCACUUUACAGAUGACAAAACUGAGACCCAGAACUCAGACCAUUCAGGUAGUUAAUUAUGAGAUGCAGGAUUUGAACCCAUGUGAUGUGACUUCAGGACUUUCCCCAAGGUAUACCCCUUAGCUAAACAGUUGGGUAAAACCAGUAAACAGAGUGAGUGAGCACUCCUGUCAGGAUGUGCAGCAUCCCGUACAUGUGAAUCGUUACCUCUCUACUGGGAGGUGGUUUUCUUAGGUCAAAACGAAUCAUUGCAGUUCAGAAUUUGGUUUCCUUUACUGUCCUUUUCACUUAAGUUAUUGUAUUUAUUGUGUAUUUUGUUCCUUUGACAGCUACUUUUUAGUAGAAAAAAAGCUAUAUCUCUAAGCAAGUCUCAUAUCUAAGAACUUGUUCCAUUGUAUUUUCAAUAUUUAUCACUCAUUCCUUGUUACUAUUCAUUACAACCAAAAUUGAGAUUUUUAAUGUUGUUCUUAUGUCUGUAAUUGAGUGCUAAUAUUUAUAUAAACACAAACCUUUACAUGUUACCUCAAACAGUGGUUUGGGGACAUUCUUUUAAGUAAUAUUUAAUUCUGGGGAGUUAGGAAACAGUAAUUCUUGGGUAAAAUCUAAAAGUUUUUACACAAAAGGAUUCAGAACUUUCAAAAUAUCACUUAAUCAAAGCAAAAUCUUUCUAGAGUGACUUUGAAACUUAAAAAUAAAUAAAUGAAUGAAAGCUACUCAUAUCUACUCUAGAUCUGGUUGACUGCCUUCCUUCAAGAUAAGGAACUGAAAAAAUAAAUUGAGGCAAGGUUAUAAAACAAUUUAUCUUAUUGACAAUUCAGUUCCAGGAAUAAGAAAAACAGGAAAACAAUCCCUCUGUAACAAAGGCCAAUAUUUAUUUUCACAUAAAUGGAUUUCCUUGGAUAAAGGUAUGACCUUGGUAUGCCAAAGCAUGUUUGUAUUGGCUAUUUCCAUAAGAAAUAAAGAUCUAAGUGAAUUACAUUAUUGCUUUUGGAACAAUUUUACCAUUCUAGGUUAGAAGUAUGAGUUAAUUUUACCAGAAUCUACAUUUUAAAAUAUUAAGCUGCCUAAAGUGUAAAUACAGUGUUUCAGGAGUUCUCGCCUUCCCUUUUGAAAGAAUAAACUCUUUUUUUAAUUGAUAGAAUUUAUUUUCAAGUAUCUUAUCUUGCUCCUGCUCUCCCCACAUAAUAGAAGGCAUAAUCCAGCAAAGAUAUAUAUGUAUAUAUACUAUAGAUAGAUAUAUGGAUAGAUAGAUAGACAGACAGAUAGAUAGAUAGAUAGAUAGAUAGAUAGAUAGAUAGAUAGAUAGAUAGAUAGAUAGAUAGAUGAUAGUCUUUCAUGUUUCCAUUUUUCAGUUUAUUCUCUGAAGCGGAACAUUCACAAGUCAUUCUUCAAAUAUGUAACUGUAUAUAAUGUUCUCUUGAUUCUACUCAUUUCACUCUCCACUAUCUCAUGUAGUUCUUUCUAAUUUUUUUUUAAAAAUUGAUCUUGUUAUUUCUUAUAGCAUGGUAGAAUUCCAUUAUAAUCAUAUACCACAAUUUGUUUAGUUAUUAACCAAUUGAUGUGCAUAUUUUUGAUUUUAGUUCUUCGCCACUGCAAAUGGAACUGCAAUAAAUAUUUUGAAAUUUUUUCCUUUGGAAAUAGACCCAGCAAUGGUACUGCUAGAUUCUUCUUCUUCUUUUUUUUUAAUCCUUCUGUGUUAGGUCAGAAAAGUGGCAAGUACUAAGUAAUCAUGGUUAUGUGACUUGUCACAUUACUGGAAAGUGCCUGAGGCUAGAUUUGGAAUAAACUCUUUAUUUGGUGUGGUGGGAAGAGUUGGACUUGGAGUUAAAAGAUUGGGAUUUGGACAGCCUAUAUUGGGACAAGCCAACAUAUGUGAGCUUGGGUAAAUCAUUUAACCUCUCUGGGUUUUAUUUUCCUCAUCUGUUAGAGUGUUUUAUUGUAUGGUUUAUUUUUAUGGGGAGAGAAGAGGUUGUUUUAGAUAGGGUCCAUUCCAACUUUAAAUAAAUUCACAAUCCCAUAAUGCUCUCAAGAUCCUUCCACCCAUAAUGUGAAAACAUCCUGUUUUAGAAAGUACAAGAUAGAUUAUGGAACAGUUUAGACAGGGGUUAUAAACAACUAAAUGAAGAAUAUAGAAGCCCGAAAGGAAGAACUGGGGAUUGUGGAUGUUCUACUUUGCCUUCAAUGCAAGGAAAUGGUGAAAGAAGGGUAGAUUGGAGCCAGAUUAUUUAGAUCCCUAUACACCAAUAGAAGAAAUUUAACUUUUCUUUGUUCAUUGGCAAUGAGCCAAGAAAGAAUGCACCUUCUUGCCAAAGAGAGUUUCUGAGUGGAGUUUUUGAUAUAAUCAGAGCAAUACAUUGGAAAAUGAUGAGACAGUGAUGGGAAGGAAGUGCUGGGGAGGCCUCAACUAGCUUGGAAGCAGGAAGGAGAUUAUUAUAAUGAUCCAGAUGAGAUGUUGACAAAGGUAGGAGGUAGUGAGACUGGAAAGUACAUUAUAAUGGAGAGAAAGGAUCUGACAGUUGUUUGGAUAUGAAAGAUGAAGGAGAGGGAAGAAUCAGAGACAUCUCUGAGGUCUCAAACCUGUGUGACUCAUAGGAAGGUACAGAAAUAAGAAAAUAAGGAAGCUAGGAUAAUGGUCAAGACUUAACUUUGUUUUGUCAAGGGCAAAGUGGGGGAGGUGAAUCCUAGGAAGCUAUGAGAAGUUAAGCUUGGAUAUAUUGCAACUUGAUCAUUCUUAUUUUAUAGAUACCAAAGAUUUGUCUUUUGUGUAACAGUAUGUUUCCUGGAACUUUAGGUUAUUAUCUCUAGAAGCUUUUAAACACAAGUGACAUAAGCAUUGCAUUUUCACAGCUAGAGGUAGAAGUCUAGUAUUAGGUUCAGGGGAUACAGUUAUGAAAAAUUUCAAAAGUUGACCUUAGAAGAACCAUAAAAGAGGAAGGAAAUGAUAUCUUGUAUUCUACUGAGAUCACAGCAGUUAGAAAUCCCAACCUACUAUUUAUCUCUUUUCCCCAAAGAAAGUUGUAAGUCAUUCCCAUCCCCACUUUAGUUCUAUCCACCAUGUACACUGUUCAGUGCUGGAAAAACUUGAUUUAUUUAUUUCUAAUGUGGGUGGUUUCAUUUUUAUUUUGGAUGUGGUUCAAUUUGAAUCCUACUAAUUGGGACCCUUCAAUGAUCUCUAUUAGGGCAAUUUCUGAAUCAAGUAAGUGAGCCAUUAAGGCAAUAACAUCCCUUCCUAGUAUUCCCAUAAUGCAAUGUAGGUAUCAGCUUAAUGACAUUUUUUAUUGCUGUCUGAAUUUGAGCUCUUUCCUAGAUUCAUUUUUCUGUUACCUGUCCCAGGCUUUGAUCAGAUACAUUCUUUAUCAUUUUGCUUUCUUUGGACAGCAAAUCAUUUGAAUUAUAGCCAAAUAUACUGGGCUUAGGGUUUAUGAUUAAAACUAAGUAAAAGAAUGUUGCAAAAGAAAAAAAAAAUCAUCCAAUUAAUUUUUACUGAGUGUCCACUAGGGACAGAAAAGGAGCCAUGUUCAUUAAAAAUCUCAAAUCUGCUUCACUGUGAAAUAUCAAUCCCCUUAGCGCAUGCAAUGCUCCAACAUGUUAGUGCUCUGGGGAUGAACAAGAUGUCUAUGUGUGAUUACAUCAGACAAGCUUUUCAAAGUUUACUUCAUCAGUUCUGCCUGGCACACAAUUUCUUUACUCUCAUAGAGGAUAUGUGCAUUAGGCAGAAAAGGUUCCUGCACAGAAAAAGGUCUGUUAAAAAGCAAAUUUUCAUUCCCUGGGAGCAAAGGAUUCAUAGUCUGCACCAGAACCUACCGGAAGUUAGCACACCAGUUCUGCAGAGCCAUUCAACUCCAUUCAAUUCAACAAGCAUUUUAUUAAGAAUGGCACCAGGCUAGACAAUGCUUUCUCUUUCCCCACUGUGCCAUGGAAAGGGAAUAGCAAACCACUUCCCCAUUGGGUUUGGGUGAGGCUAAUUCAGGCCAGAGAGUUGUCUGACAUGUAAUCAAAGCCUUUGAUAUGGCCCUUUAUGGGGAUCUGGAUUGGUUAUCCAAUUGCAUGUCUAUCCUACCUCUGAAUAAUUAGCUUGCUCUUCAGAUCACUGUUUCCCUUUGGUUAUCUCAUCAGAAUGAGUCAGUAAGUUUUCAAAGGACAAAGCAGCAUAAAGACAGAGAAAGGAAAAGGAACCAGGGAAAAUACCAUAGCUGACAGUGAAGAGAAAGCCACAUUGCCUGACGGGAGCCCCAGGGUGCUCCUGUCAGCUCCUUCCUUAUUUAUUUAUAUUUAAUGAUUUAUUCCCCACCUGUUUGCACAGAAUUUGAGAUUUUGGAGCUAGCAUGAAUCAGGACAAUUUAAACAAAAACAGUAAACAGAAGCAAAAGCCAUUAAUAAAAAGUAGAGAAGAUGCCUGGGACAAUUAGGAAGAGUUUGUUUCUUCCGGGGAAUGAUGAAUUUAAUUUUGAUUUCCCUCUUAAUUUAGGCAAACAGGGAAAACUCUCACUGACUUCUUAAAGACAUCCAUUUCUCCUACUUCCUAGAGAGGACACUGGAUUCCCAUCCCUUUCCAAUGGAAGGGUCUUGAGGUUUUAAAGGCAUCACUGUGAAUAUGUUAUAGACCUAGAACAUUUUGGGUUUCUAUUGUAAUAAAACUCUUGAAAAGAUCUUUAUUAAUUUCCUUUCUCCUCCCCUCUUUUUUUUUCUUCUCCUCCUUGCAAUUUCCCACAUAUAGAUCAUGGGAAUUUUCACAGCAAUAGAUUUGCCUAAUUUCUGGGAAAGGUAUACUGGAAGCUGUUACCAAUGUUCUAAAUAUACUACUGAAAGAAAAGUAUUGGAUUCUCCUCUUGUAUUCAAUUUCCCCAGAGGCCAAAGCAACAUUUUUUGUUACUCUCAAACUAGAAACUUUCUAUCUUUUUUCUGUUUCAGUUCUGACAAUCCCCAGUUUGAUAUACAUGGCCAAAUCAUCUGAAUUUUUAUAAAUAGAUCUAUGGACAUAGGUCUUUAUUGAUUUCCAAAAUAACCAUGAUUUUCUGUGUCUCUUUCUUUACAAUAGCAAUCUUCUGAAAAGAGAAGGUAGUAGUAGUAGGAAGACAACUUCUUAUGGACAUUAAAAGUAAAACAUCUUAAUGUGCAUUGAUGUAAACAUGAGGAAUUUAGAAAUCUAUUAGAGAUAUUCAAGUUCUGAGGAUGUUUUGCUACAUGUUGUCUGUGAUGUUAAUUUAUGGUGUUUACUUUGGUGUCCAGUCAUUUUGUGUAUUAUGUGAAGUAAAAAAUUUAAUAGGUAUUAGCAUAAAAGGACUAUAUACUACUUAUGCCUGUUAGCAAUCAUCAGAAAAUUACUUUUGUUAAGAUUUGGUAUUAACAGGGGCUGUAGCACUGCCUCAAAUUAGGUAUGUCUUUAGAGUCCAGGGACAAUCUCCAUUGUCAGUGAUAAGUGUUAGAUCUUAGUUAGGAGAGCAAUAACUCUACAGAAUGGAAUAGCUAGGUAGUACAGUAGACAGAAUAUUGGGCCCAUGGUCAUAAAGACUCAUUUUUCUGAGUUUAAAUCUGGCCCUCACACACUUAUUAGCUCUGUGACCCUGGGCAAGUCACUUAACCCUAUUUGCUUCAGUUUUGUCAUCUAGAAAAUGAGCUGGAGAAGGAAAUGGUAAACUACUCCAGUAGCUCUGCCAAGAAAACCCCAAAUUGAGUUACAAAGAGUUGGAUACAAAUGAAAAAAAUGACUCAACAACAAUUCUUCAGAGUAGAUUUGUUUAAAUGACCAGAUCUGUCUCUUUUGGGGGAGGGGGACCCUUUUAGGAUAGUAAUAGCUUGGCAACUCUAUGCUCUUUAAUUCAACUUCAUUUUUACACAGCCCCCCAGAGGAGUAAGAUUGGGACCACCAAAGGCAAAAUUUAGCUCUUGGAUCAAUCUGACAGAGACCUUUACCAUGAUAUUCUUUUCAAAAAGGCAACACUCUUCCCAUCUUUGAACAUCCAAUGGCAUUCUACUCAGAUGGAAGGGGCAGAUCCUCAUUAUCUAGCAGCAAAUUGGAAUAGGUAGUGAAAGAGGCCUCAGCUAAUAUCACCAAUAUAGAGAAUGGAUAAAUCAGUGCUAUAUCCUUUUGGAUUAAUGUAGCAAAUCUACAUUGACAAGAACCCUGUAAAUGAAUAUUUUCAAAUCAAAUUAUAUCCAAAAGCCAUAUGCCAGAAAUACUCAGGGCUUGUAUGGCAAUGCUACAUCUUAAUCAGUUAUGGGAUAUUUUCCAAAAGAAUAGCACAGAAUUUGCUUCAUUGCAAAAUAUUUUUACAGAAUUCACAGUUAUUAUAGAAACAGGGAUUUAUUACCCUGUAGAAAGAAGCUAUGAAUAUGUCAUAUAUAGUAGUAGUAGCAAAACACUAGUGCAGUUAAUUACCAAUUAUCAAUUAAAUAGCAAUUACCAACAAAGGAAUAAUUUGUAGUUAGUUUUACCAACAUACCUUGUCCUAUCAGAGAAUUACUAUUAAUGUGACUGUUCACAUGAUAAACAGCAGUAAAAGCAAUAUUCAUAAUAAAAUUAUAUCCCUUGUAAUAUAUUUGGAUUGGGGUACAGUCCAAAGUUAACAGUAUCUAAUAAAGUAUAUAUGUACCUGUACUUAUAUGUGGAUACCUAUACACACAGAUAUAUACAUAGAAGCCACCAAUGAGUAGUCAAAUAAUAAGAAUUAGCCAUUACUUUAAAAUUCUUGAAAUACACAUUAAAAUGCCAAAUCUAACACUAGUUCUGAAUUGUAUAAUUCUAAUUUUCAAUGACUUUUUUGCAAGAUAAAUGGCAGAUGCUUUUUUCACAAAUGUCUUUUUGUAGAAGCAAAAAGCCCUGGGCUAUCUGGGUAACAAUUAUAAAUUGUUUCUGGGUACUUUUGGGGUACAUUCAAAAAUAGAACUAUAGCAAUUAGGUCCAAACACAACAAACAUUUUGCCAAAUGCUUUAAUAUAUUUCACAAUGUCAUAACUCACUGGAUUAAAUGCAUUUUUUAAAACAGAGUCUCAAGUAUACUAAAAUAUUACAUUUGAUAUGUCCAUUUUUCUAAACAUGGGGAUCAUGGAGAUUUGUUGCCCAGAGUCUAAGAAAAAAUCUUGUCAGUGUUUUUGUCCAUUCAGAGAAAUGCAAUGAAUUGUAUAUUAAUUAGACAUGUAUGCAAAGGGAAACGUGAACACUUAUGGCGUCUAGCAGAUCCAUGUUAAAAGACAAAACAGGAUAUCAGGGUUUAAAUAUAGACAAGAGUCCAAGGGCAUGGUUGUUACCUGAUGGAUGUGCAUUUCUGAAAGAAUGAACUUGACAAUGCUGAUCACAUUCUAAAUUCCUGUAUUGAUUGCUCACAGGAUAAGGAGCUAGAGUCUAAUAUUAUUUCCCUUUUAAUUGUAAUUUUUGCUCCCAGCCAUGGUAGGAUAUUGUCUCUUUAGAACCAAGGUUAAUUCUGUUUUUGCAGAAAAUGCACCUUCUGUUUCAUAAACUGCUAUUACAAUGUUCUAAAACACUGUGACAUUUCCUAUGUGUUUUCUGUGUUAGUUUUGUACUGUAAAUAAUAACUCAGUAGAAACUCGAGUUUAUAGUACUUAAAGCAGUGUUAUAAUGUUGGCUUACCAGUGAAACACCCACAUGUACAAAAGCCACCUUGUUAAUAUAAAACUUGUGAUGAUCCUUUGCCUUAAAAUAAAGUCUAACCUUAAAUAUGGAAA